AAGAGAAAUAUUUUUGCCUAAGGUCUGUGAGACGCUAGUCGCUACUCUUCUAUACGUUAUAAUACCCUUUUUCAAUAUGAAUACGGUGCCGUGUUCUGACUGCAGACUCCUGAGUGUUAAUGGAAACAGACGAUACUGAGCUGGGGCUGGAUGCAGGAGGCGACGGACGCUGUGGUGUGCUGGGCAAAAUAGUCCAAGAUGCUGGUAGCGGGUGAAAUACGCAGCUGCUCGUCGUCUCCUAGAGCGCCGCGGACGCCGUGGACUGCGCCAUCAAAGUCGACGGAAAGUCGGUUCCAGCAGCCGACCGUCUCAAACUACUCGGAGCCACCCCCUCAACCUGCUCCUUCACUUCGGGGCCCAUUGCCGCAGUCUCCGCUCCCGAGUGCUCCCCGGAUCCAGCAGCUUCGCAAGCUGACAGCGCGGGGCUGGGGACUAGAGGAACGACAGCUCUGCGCUGUAGCGUCUGGAUACGUCCGUGGAGUGCUGGUGCACGCGGCCGCCACCUGGCUCCUGGUGACGCCACAAUCCCACGUGGAACUCCUCCAGAGGGAGAUGCGGGCGGUGACCUGUAUAUCACCGGCUGCCCCUUGUUUACCCCAGCCCACGCAGUGAUGGCGGAGGCCGGACUGAUUGAUGCCGGUGCCCGCUGGCCGCCCGGCGAGACGUGCUGGUAGCGAAGCUCUUCGCCAAGGCGCACGCGCUCCCCGAGGGCAAGCCCUCAGGACUAUCGCGGAAGAUGGGCCGCCCAGCCGACUGAAGUCGGUGACGGGCUGGCGUGGGGAAGGGCACGAAACCUGGCGAGCGGCUGGGAUAAUCUCUGAUUCAUGCUCGUGUCGCCAGUCGCGAGUGACAUCUGUGUGCUGCGCGCGCGUCCAAGAUGGCGGGCGGCGAUGAGGCGCAGUCGGCCGCCGCCGCCGAGAAGCCGUCUGAGAUGGAGCUGCUUCGGGGCAUGCUGCAGCAGCAAUUGGAGCUGGCUGCAGCGGCAGCGCGACGUGAGGACCGGAUGGCCGCGCUGAUGGAGCGGGUGCUUCCCGGCCCGACGGCCGUGCAGGACGCCACGGCACCCGCCCAGGCAGCCGCGGGGCCCGAUUCCGGCGCCCGGCCGCGUGCACGCAUGCCCGCCGCCGGCACGCCCACGCCCCGGCUGGCGGCUACCGCUACCCUCAAGGAGUUUGAGGCCUGGAAAGAGAAGUUCUCCGGCUACUGCCUCCUCACCGGCGUCCACGAUCUCACCGAGGCUGAGCAGCGGGCCGCCCUGCUCGCUGUUCUCGACGACGACUGGGCCCGCGUGGUCCGGUUUGGCCUGCCCAUCCCGGCCGAGGCGUCCAUGGCCGAUGUAAUCACCGCCAUGCACGCCCACCUUCGGCGGCAGCGGAACGUGGUGAUCGACCGCUGCGAGUUUAACAUGCGGAUGCUGGAGCCAGGCGAGUCAGUGGACGAUUUUAUCUGCGCCCUGAAGGAGAUAGCGUCCUGCUGCGAUUUUUGCCCGAACUGCACCGAUGAUAGGUUCCGAGACCAUCUGGUGGUGGGCACCAGUGAUGACGAGGCCAGACGCCGCAUGCUGGAACUGCCCGAUCUGACCUUCCAGAUGGCCGCCGACCUGUGCCGGGCGUCCGAGAGCGCCCGUCUCAACAGCUCGGCGAUCCGUGGCCCGGGCAAGCCGUCUCUGCGCCGGCUCUCCGAGUACCGGCGACAACGCGGUCGGCCGAGCGGCGCGGACUCGCGCCCGGCCGACCAGACCCGGCGGUGUGACCGCUGCGGUGCCGCGCAGCACACGGACGGUCGUGCCUGCCCCGCCCUGGUUCGCACCUGCCACCGAUGCCACGAACGGGACCACUUUUCCUCGGUCUGCCGGCAUGGCGCGGGCACUGAAGAGCGGCGCCGGCAGACGCCUAGUUCCGAGCGCAGCCACCAGGGACAGGACUGGCGCCACCGUAGCGCGAGCAGCAGCCGCCAGGGGAGGGGCCGGCGCCACCGUAGCGCAAUCAGCCGCCGCCGUGUCAGCACGGCUGCCGACGCGUCGCACCGGCAGGUUUCGGUGCUGGCAGCGAGUGCAACCACGAGAGACACGGGGAACCGGCAGCAGUCAGCGCCGCCGGCAGCCCGGACGCCGGGCGCGCGCCUCAACAGUGUGACGGCCCACCGGUCGCCGCAGGUCUGGCUACAGCUGCACCUACCAAACGGAGUCAGGCGGUCGACCGUAUGGACGCCCGACACCGGCGCCGGGAUAUCAGCCCUCUCACUGCAACAAGCCGAGUCCAUGGGAGUGAGCAGAGCGGACCUCACGCCCUCCACGGCUGUGCUGUGGGCCGCCGACAGCCGCCGGCUGGACUGUGUGGGCACGUGCGCCCUCACCCUGCAGCUCGGUGACGUCAUACAGACCGUGCAGGUGUCCGUUCUGCGAGCACUGCACUCACCACUGCUGUCGUGGCACGAUUGUAUCGGCCUGGGAAUUCUACCGGCGAGCUUUCCCCGGCAGAUUUGCCAGCGCGGCUCGGCAGCCGAGACUGGGACGGACGGUGGGGCACCGGAGCCGCCGCCGCCCGGCGAGCCGCCUGAGGCCCCCGCCGCCGGCAGACAGCCCGCACUACGGCGCUGCAGCGGCACGACGGCGGCACCUGAGGAGACCCGGGACCUAAGCCGCGUCUCUGCCGCCGACCGGCCGGCCGGGUCGUCAGACGGCACAGUGUCCGGCUGUCGGCUGACCGUGGACUUCACGAAACUGAACCGGUUCGUGAAGCGACCGACGUACCCGGUCCGCUCGCCUCAAGACGCAGUCGCCUUCGUCUCACCCGGCGCUGCGUACUUCACCAAGCUGGACAGCAAGGCGGGGUACCACCAGGUCCCCAUCCGGCCAGAAGACAGAGACCUGACGUGUUUUAUCACGCCGUGGGGCCGCUACCGGUACCUGAGUGCUCCAAUGGGAAUCGUCAGCUCUGGCGACGUGUACAACCAGCGCGGUGACGCCGCGCUCGGCGACAUCCCGCGCACGUGUAAGGUCGUGGACGACGUCCUGGCCUAUGACGCUGACUACGCCGCCCACCUGCAGCACGUGCGGCAGAUUCUGCUGAGGUGUGACCAGCACGGUAUCACACUCAACCCGGACAAAUGUCAGUUCGCGGAAGACGAGGUCGAAUUCUGCGGCUUUCGCAUCAAUUCGGCUGGCUAUACCGCCGACGGCAAGAAAGUCCGUGCCAUCCAGGCCUUCCCCAGGCCGGGCAACAUCACCGACCUACGUCCUGAGACUGACGCCGCUCGCUCCGGCGGCCUGGGCUACUGCCUGCUGCAGCAAGACGCCGCAGGCCGGUGGCGACUGAUCCAGUGCGGCUCACGCUUCCUAUCGGACGCCGAGUCGCGGUACGCCGUGAUCGAGUUGGAGCUGCUGGCCCUGGCCUGGGCCUGCAAGAAAUGCAGCAUCUAUCUCGGCGGGAUGCAGCGGUUUGAAGUCCUGACCGAUCACCGGCCGCUCAUCCCGAUCCUCAACAGUAAGAGCCUUGCGGAGAUCGAAAAUCCGCGGCUCCAGCGGCUACGAGAACGGCUGGCGCCGUUCAACCUGCUCGCCACCUGGCGGCAAGGCAAGCUGCACGCCAUCCCGGACGCGCUGUCGCGCGCGCCGGUGGAUGACCCGACGCCUGAGGACGAGGAAGCCGAGAGGGACGCCAGCCAUCAGCUCGCCAGCGUGCUCUCACGGCUGGCCACCGACGGGGCGGACGACAGUCCCAGCCCGUUCAAAGACGCGGCGCUGACAGAGGUGCGCGCCGCCGCCGCCGCCGAUCCGGAGCUCAUCACACUCACUGACCUGAUCCUGAACGGGUUUCCAGAGCACCGGUCACAGCUGGACCCGCGCCUCCGACCGUACUGGGGAGUUCGGGACCGGCUGGCCGUGGAUGACGGCCUGGUGGUGUGCGGCCAGCGGCUCGUGAUACCGCCCAGUCUGCGGCGCGCCACGCUCGAGCGCCUGCACGCCAGUCACCAGGGCGUCGAGCGCACCAAACGCCGCGCGCGGCAGGUAGUCUACUGGCCGUUCCUGGACAGUGACAUUGCGAACCAUGUCGGAGCGUGCCCGGCCUGCCAGCAGUACCUGCCCAGUCAGCAGAAGGAGCCGCUGAUGCCGGAAAAGACGCCAUCACGAGUGUUUGAGGCUGUCUCCGCUGACUUCUUCGCCUGGGCCGGCCGCACGUUCCUGGUAUACGCGGACCGGCUGUCCGGGUGGCCGUUUGUGUCGCACGUGGCCGGCGAGGCGACUGCCAGAGACCUGGUCUGCAGCCUGCGCCAGAUGUCCGCGGCCACCGGCGUGCCCACCACCCUCCGGACAGACGGUGGACCCCAGUUCACCGCCCGGCUCACCCGAGAGUUUCUGCGCCGCUGGGGAGUGGAGCACCAGAUCUCCACACCGCACUACCCUCAGUCUAAUGGGCACGCCGAGUCGGCGGUCAAGGCCCCCAAACGGCUCAUCCAGAAGGCGACCAGCAGCGGUGAGCUCGACACGGACGCCUACGCUCAGGGGCUGCUGGAGCUGCGCAACACGCCGCGCGCCGACGGCCGCUCUCCGGCUCAGGUCCUAUUCGGCCACCCGCUGAGAUCGGCAGUGCCGGCGCACCACCGGUCCUUCGCCGACUGCUGGCAGCGGACGGCGGACGACUGUGACGCCAGGGCCGCCGCGCAGCAACAGGAAACAGCCGAGCGGUACGACACGACAGCCCGCCAGCACAGCGCGCUCACCAUGGGUCAGCGUGUGCUCGUCCAAGACCCGCGGUCGGGGCUGUGGGACCGCGUCGGCGUCAUCACGGCGGUCGGACAGCGGCGCGACUACCUGACGUACGACUGA